CUAAACCCUAAAUCCCUUCUCCGUUAAACCCUCCCCCGUCGAUUUCUUCUCUGAGAAAAUCCUAGUCUCCUCAAAAUGGCGUUGAACACCACGUUCCGGAGAGCAUCUUCGACCGCGGUCGCUCUUGCCUUCCGUGCAGUUAGAUCUCCGUCGAGCAUCGGCUCUGCCGUCCCCGCCGAGAGGAUGAUCCUCGGAAGCCAGCUCGUCCGAGGAACGGCUUCUUCGUUUUCGAGAUUCUCGACUUCCGCAUCGGCUACGAAGGCCAGCUCAGAUGAAAAUCUGAUUCGCGUGCUCGAAUCUGAGAUUGAAUCCGCGGAAACCGAGGAAGAUCCUCACCGUGACGUCUUGGAGAACAAACCAGAAGGGUUUCCCUUUGAAAUAGUAGACAAGCCAGGGGAAAGAACAGUAUUGCUGAAAGGGAAAUUUGAAGAUGAAACAAUUGAGGUGGAAGUGGACAACCUCACUCCUCUUGAGGAUGAAGGUGGUAAUGAUGACGAUGAGGAAGCAGAGAAUAGAAUCAGGGUUCCGAUGGUUGUGAAUGUGACCAAAGGAGGAGAUGGUCUCUGUCUGGAGUUUGGUGUCAGUGCAUUCCCUGACGAGGUUGUGAUCGAUACCUUGUCCGUUAAGCGGCCCGGCUCUGAGGAUGAUCAACUUGCAUACGAAGGACCCGACUUUGAGGACUUGGACGAGAACUUGCAGAAGGCAUUCCACAAGUUCCUCGAGAUAAGAGGGAUACAAGCGAGUGUGACAAACUUUCUGAUAGAGUAUAUGGCCGUAAAAGACAGCCGAGAGUACCUUCAAUGGCUUAAGGACCUCAAAUCUUUUGUCGACAAGUGAAGAAGAUUGAUGAGGGUUUUGUCUGUUUGUAUUUUUACACUAUUUGUUUGCUUUGAUAGAGAGCAUGUGGAUGAUGAACUCAAUACCAUCGUCAUGACAUGAGAGGAAUUUGUCAGUAAAGACCCUGCAAUUGCCUCUGUUGUGUUAAUAAAAUCCAUAUUAACAAAACAAAGAUUGCCUUUACAGUCUGAAAACGGAAAAAGGAGGCCAAAGUUACAUACAAACUCACCAACUCAAAGGAAAAAAGGGUUUCUUUUGCACACUGUCACUUCUACUACAUCAAAAGGCUCUCUCUCUCUCUCUCUCUCUCUCUCUCUCUCUCUCUCUCUCUCUCUCUCUCUGUUU